AUGAAGGUUCUCAGCAUGUUGAUAAUGCUUUCCGCCGCCGGAUCUAGCUUGGCAGCCACCUGCUCAGGCUCAAAACAGUGCCAAUGUCUGUUCUCCGAUGGCUCACACUGCUGUCUCUACGGAUCUAAUGCAAUGACUGGCGACGACUAUGACUGCACAAGACUCUGUUCGGGCGCUAGUCGUCUACUCCAAGGGAGCGAAAAUACCCCAGCGAAGUGCAAUGCCGGCGGUUCUUUCUCCUGUGCUUCUCUCAUCACUGCGCAGGGUCGCACUCCAUGCUAUAACAACGCCUAG